UAAAGUUAAUCAUCGAUAAAAAGAUAAUCAUAUUUUUACUAAAAAUAAUAGUAUAAUAUUAUUUGUUAAAGUUUAGUUUAUUAUAAUUUAAAUAAAAAGAAACAAAAUGGAAGUAGAAUUUAGCAAAGAAAAUUUCAUUUUACCUGAAAUUAAAUAUGAAUAUUUAGAUCAUACCGCCGAUGUACAACUUCAUUCAUGGGGCGAUUCUCUCAAAGAGGCUUUCGAACAAUGCGGCAUGGCCAUGUUUGGCUAUAUGACCGAAUUGGAUUAUGUUACCGUUGACUCCUGCUAUCAAAUCGAGGCUAAAGGUGAUGAUGUUGAUGGUUUACUUUUUCAUUUUCUUGAUGAGCUGUUAUUCCUUUUCUCAUGCGAACCUUUUUUGAUCUGCAAACGUUUGGAAAUUACCAAAUUCGAUUUGGAAACCUUUGAGAUUGAAUGUCGUUGUUAUGGAGAACCCUUCGAUUUGGGAAAACAUCCUCAAGGUACCGAAGUAAAAGCAAUUACUUAUUCUGCAAUGCAAAUCAUCCAAGAACCUGAAAAAAAUAAUUACGAAUUAUUCGUAAUUAUUGAUAUUUAAUUUAAGUUUUAUUUGUUGCUAUAAGUAUUGUUUUUGUGACUUUUUUUACAAUUAACUUUUUUUUUUUAUUAAAUUAUGUGCUACUACAUAUAUACAUACAUGUAUGUAUAUCCUUUAAUUUUAAAAUAAUGUGUUCUAUUUUUAAAUUUAAAACUUAACUGCCUCAAUAGAUACAAACAUUUUAAAUUAUUUA